UCGCUCUAUCAGCUACCAACAGCAUAACACCUGUAUUACUUCUCCAAUGAACUUCUUAUUUUACGCAAUCGAGAGCUUUAGACUUUCAUUAGUGUUACCCUAAGUAUUUCUAGAAAGGAGUAAAUGUAGUAUACGAGCUCCGACAGGUAUUAAAGAGAAAUAGGGAAGUCAAAUAAAACGACCCGUAAAGUAGGAACGUACAUCUGAAGUAUUUUCAGAUACACUUGUGCAGGUGAUUUUUCGCAAAGUGUUCUAGUGUAAAGUGUACAUUGAUUAUUAAAACAAUGGAAUACGUAUUAAUAAAAGAUAUACGGCCGGGCCAGAAAAACAUUAAUGUGGUAUUUAUUGUUCUGGAAGUUGGCCAUCCUACCAUCACCAAAGAAAACCGCGAAGUUCGAACGUUUAAAGUGGCGGACAGUACAGCGUGUAUGAAUGUUUCAAUUUGGGACGAGCCUGGUCAACUUCUAGUACCAGGUGAUAUAGUAAGACUAACAAAGGGAUAUGCAUCUGUUUGGAGACAAUGCUUAACAUUAUACUCAGGUAAAAAUGGGGACAUACAAAAAAUUGGAGAAUUUUGUAUGGUCAUAAACGAACAGCUAAACAUGAGCGAACCGAACCCUGCUCUGGCGCAGCAACUGAUCAAUCAAAGUGGGUCCGGUCCACCCGGUAGUAAUAUUAACAAUAGCAUUACGAAUAAUGGAAACGCGAAUAACAUUGCUGGUCAACCUGGAAGACAACCUUUGGCGAUUCAAAGUAAUUCAACAACACCGACUACCGGUACAUCUGGUAGCUCUACAACGAUAAAAAGUGGAAAUGGCAGCAAUGGUAAUAGUAGUGGAAACAGUGGUAAUACUUCAGGACUUCCAGGUGGAUCGGCAAGAUAUUCCGGUGACACGACAACAAAAACAACAGUUGCAGCGAAAACUAAUUCCCGUGGUCGCGGGGGAUAUCGAAACGGUGGACGCAGUGACCGUAGAUAACACACAAAUAAGAAACGGCUAAUUAUAUAUAUCUAAUAAGAAUAUGCAACUGAUUACAUUCAGGACAACUGUAAUAUACUGUUUUUCUAACAAUGCUGUAUAUGUAUAUUCAAGAAUUAAUGUAUACGAUAGAGUCUGAUUAAAAUAUAACAUGAAUUGAAGACAAUCCAGUUAAGAAGACUAGAAUACAAAUAUUAUAAUCAUCAAUGAUUAAAUAUUUAAGUUAUUUAAUAGAAACGUCUGAUUUACUUAUC